AUUUCCUACAUGGCGAGCACGGCACUUCAAGCUCAGAGAUUUGUAAAAAUUAUCAAUCAACAACUUGAUGUACUGAAGGAAGAGAGGAAUACUGUUAUAAGGGCUGUAGACCAAUGUAUUAAUCAGGUUGAUUAUUUUGUUAGUAUAUAUUGCAUUACAAAUAAUUUCACAUAACCUUUGUAUUAAUUGUAAUCAUAAAAUGUAUUUAAAUUAAAUUAUACUAUGGUUUUGAAAAUAGAAAUAUAUACUAAAUAGUUUUGAAUUCAAACGAAGGUUAUAUACUUUUUUUCUAAACUCGUAGGUAGGAUUCCUAAAAGACAAACAUACAUACAUCAAUACAAAACUAGUUUAUUUCAUUGUCAACUUAAAUAUCGUGCAGGUACAAAGCGAAGUAGAUGUCUGGGUUAAUGAAGGGCUUGUCAAUCAAACAACUUGUGGCGAGAUGAGCAACAGAAUUCAGAAAGUUAUAUCAUUGCUCAUUGAAAAGUAUGUGGAGCUUGAAGGUAUUUUAUUGUAAAAACAUUGUUAUGUCCAUAAAUGCGCUGUAUAUUGUAUCAAUUAUUUGAUAGAAUUAAUGUGUUUCCUCUUGAAAAGUAUUCCGAGACGUUAGUUGACUGUGUCAAUGAUGGUAUGUCAUAAAGUAUGCGUAGACAUCAAAUGUCAUUUUGUUGUCUAGAUAAGCCUACUUUUCAUUUUUAGUUUCCCUUUUGUAAAGAAUAUUUCUAUAAGAUAAGUGAACCAUUUUCCCUGAAGCUUGGUGAAAAGACGGAGACACGUUCCCCGGAAUUUGGGAUGAGUACUCCGAAGAAAACAAAACAUGAGAUAAGGCUUGCCUGUGCUUAUUCACAACAUUAACGUUGGAACUGUUUUCAUUAUGCCUAAGAUAAUGGCGCUUAAAAAAAAUCCUUCCUAAACAUAAAAAUGAUAAAAUGAACACAUUUUCUCAUUAAAAUCGGUCGAUAUCUAACAUUUUAAAUUAUCUACAUUUCUGGAAAAUUCUAAUCCAUCCUGCUAAAGUGGAUAAUAUUACUUUUUAAUUCAACGAUAUUUCAUUAUCGACUUUUAAGAGCUUGAUUCUUUAGUUUUGUCUAGAUCCAUCCAUUCAAGCUUGAGUGUAAGUUGGUUAUUUUAUAUGUAUAUAUAUAUAUAUAUAUAUAUAUACCCCAUAAAUUAAAUAAAAUACCAUUUGAAGGCCUAGGAUAUCAAUUAAAAAUGUUGUAAAGUUAAAAACCGUGUAGUAUUUCAUUCUUUCUGAAAAUGGAUGUGUGUGCAAAGGUUUUCAAGAUCCAUAACACACCUAAAAACGUAUUAUGAACAAAAAUUGUAUUUACAUAUGUCUUAUUAGAAAACACAAGGGAAAGUAAAAAAUUCCAAAAUGCACCAAUAAUUCAUUUGGAAUAAUGAUUGAAUAAUGAUAUAUACAUACACAAAGUAGGCAACGUGACAAAGCACGCUUGCGUUAUUGCAACAAAGCUACUCUUAAUGCUUUUCUAAUUAGCAUCUCAUUAUCCCUUUGUUAUCUUCGAAUAUGUGUGUACUUUUCCACGAGGUUUGAUUACAAGAUGUUCAAUAUUGCCCGCCUACGUGCAAAGACUCAAGUAAAACGUUAAACUUGGAUCACAUACGCAAGAUAAAACCCACCAGCUUAAACCGAAGAUUAUUUGAGCCAUUCUCAAAUUUAUGAUUGCAGGGAAAAUUUUCAAAUUGAAAAUUGCAACACCGUUUCAGAAAGAUGGCAACUUGCCAAAAUCUUGUAGCGUUAACCACCUCAAGGGAUUAAUGUAACGGAAAUAUAUUUUCUAAGAUUGCUAACAGUUUCUAGUUUGAAAUAAUGUAUUUUAAAAAAUUAAUAAAUUUUAAAAGAAAUUCCUCAUUAAUUCUUACAAAAUGAUAUGUAAUAAUAUUGAGUCUAAACAUUGUUUUAAUUUUAUUAUUUAACUUUAUACAUCAAGGCAAACAGAUUGAUGAAAAUUAAUGUGAUUUGAACCAAAUAUUUUGACAACUAACAACACUUUGGCAAGUCCCGGGGCAAAUUUAAAAUUCAAUAAUGCCGAAACGGAAACUUUGGUUUGUAAAUAUGAAACCGUAUCUAAAUUAGGUAAGAUCAUGUUUUUUUUUAAAGUGUGUUGUUUGUGUUAAAAUCAAAUGAUAUUAUUUUGAUAGUGCCAUGGUCUUAUCGCUACAAUGUGCUGUUUGAAUUUUUUUUUUAGAACCCAUUUAAACAAUUCAUAGAAUAAUAAUAUGCAAUGUAUAUUAUAGAAACUGGAUAACAUAAGUUUGUCGCAUCAAAAAAAUGGUAUUAUGUACGAAAUAAUUUAAGUUUAUGUUUCGAGUUAAAACAACAAACAAUAAGAAGAAACCAACGAAUUUGAGAGAACCCUAAAUUAAUUUUCUCUGCUUCCAGCUGCUUCUUGUACUGAAAGUAAUCUCAUGUUUCUUUUUUAAAUCUCUAUUUAUUGAAAGGUGUAGCGGUAGGAACUGAUGCUUCUCAUAAUAUAACGACGAGAUUUGCCAUACUAGAGGAAGCUGUGUACUCUCUCAAAAAGACAACAGAAAAAGUUGAAGACAAAAUAGAAAAUAUUGAUAAGAUAUUAAAAGAUGUCUCGACUCAGCAUGUAAAUGAUCAUACAAAAAUUGAAAUUUUAAUAAACGCAAAAUUGACGUCUGAGAAAAAACUUAGGACUAAAAUGACGGAUCUGGGGAAAAGAUACCAAGACAUUUCAUCCAAUACUGAUGAUUUGUUUGAAACUGUUUCAAAUGUUGAGGAGAAGUUAAACAGAUUAGAAUAUGAAAAUAAUUCCGCGAAUGCCUCAAUGAAUGAACUCAAUGAACAGAUCAGCUCUGUUAGAACGUGUAGCAAUGACGCCCUUGUAUCUAUACAAGAUUUGUCAAAGAGCGUCGAGAGUACAAAUCAACAUUAUAAUGAAUUGUCUAAUAAAUUGGAUCAACUGGAAAUCUCCAUUAAUCUCAUGUCAUCUCAGUACACGGAGCAGUUUGAAAAUAUGGGCAGUCUUAAUAAGGAUAAAGCAGAUGAUUUGGUAAGCUUUGUAAUAAAUUUUAAAAACAUAUUUGUUAAAAUAAAGAAUUGUUGCUAUUACAAAUUUGUUAUGUAUUAUAAACUCCAAUUUGUAUUAUACAUUUUACUUGAAAUUAUUUUUCUUAAAAAUAAAUGCUAUUGGAAAAUAUUUUCAUUCUCACCAAUAUAAUGUGCGUAGUUAGGCCAAAUAGUAACAGUUCAAUAAACAUUUAAAAUAAAGGUUUAAGAUAACAGUAUUAAAAUUUAAGGUAAUUCCAAGUUCUUUUCAAAAUUAUAUUUGAAAAAACGCUUCAAAUUAAAUUUAAUAAUACUAAUUAAUAUUGUUCUGAUGGCCGAGUUUUCGCUCUUUAUGGCCAGAUUUAUUAUGCUAGCAACUGGCUACUUCAACAUGAUUGCGAAUGCAACUUAGUUUAUAAUAGGACUUAUCUUUGCUCUGGACUAUACAAUUGCAAGUCACCCUGUAAAAAAUAAUAAUAAUAGUCUUCUUAUUGGCUGCAUGAGAAGUUGAUCCCUUCUCAAAACUAACAGUGUCUUACCUAAUAACAGUGUUUUACUCAAUAAAAGUGUCUCACACAAUAACAAUUCUUAAUUAAUAACUGUGUUUCACGCUAAAACAGUUCUUACGCAAAAACUUCAGCUAAAACAACACGAAAGAAAAGUGAAAAAAUCCGUAAAGUGUGUGUAUGGGAGGGGGGGGGGUCACAACUUUCCCAGAUAUAUUGUAAAAAAAUGAUGCAGGUCAAUUUAAAGAAAUAAAAUAAAGUAUAUCCACUGAUUUAUUAUUUUCGUAUAUAAUUUUCUUUUUUAAAUUCACAUUUAAUUGUAAUUAAUUUAUUUUUAAAUAAUGCCUUACAAGAAAUCUAAUUCCAAAUAUGUUAUGUAUUUAAUUCAUGAAAAGAAAUAAUUCUUAAACUACAAGUAAUGCCGAACAUUAAACACAUAUCAUUUAGUGAAAUAUAUAAUAUUUAAUGAGAAACAUAAUAUCUUUUAACAAUUGCCAUUUGAUGGUAGUGGAUGUCUCUGUGAUGAAACAUUCAUGUUGCACAUAUUGGUAUGGUUUGUCAACUGCUAGAUAUUGUGCUAUACUCAAAUUUUGUUAAAAAUAUGAACAUUUUUUAAAUUUAUUUUUUCCUGUACUGUUCAUAUAUAUUAAAUAUGUAAUUUUUUUUUCCCAAUCAUUCAUUUACAGAAAGAUUCUAUUGAGAACCGUGUAGCUGAAAUGUCUAACAAAAUUACGGACAUUGGUAAGAAUUUGAAGAAAAUCAGGUCAAAUUAAAGUAAAAUGUAUACAUUUUACACUUAUGUUUAAUAAACUUUUCCCCCCAUUUAUUUCAUGAAUUACAGUGAUAAUGAGAUUCCAUUUUUUUUUCUAAUAAUCCAGAAAUUCACAAGCACAUUUGAUAUUUCGCUGAAAAUCUUGAAUUCAUUUGUGAUAUUUUUUUUCUGGGUUGUCCGUGUUCUUUAGGGGGUCUUUAAAAAAAAAAAAUUACAUCAAUUUAGCUUUUAUUUCUUUGUCUCUGGCUAAGUCCCCGGAAUUCUAACUGACACACUUCCUGUCGUCCUAUCGAACUGACACUUGCCACAUAGCUCCGUUUCCGAUGCUAACGCAAUUACCAAAUUUUCCACCCCACCUCUCCCCCAACCACGGAAAAGAACGUGUUUUCCUAUUUAUCAUGAGGAAUAUUAAUGAAAUAUAUGCGUUCAAUGUUUGCAUGUUUUAAUGUGGAUAUUAAAAAUGUAGCUAUUGCUGUACUGUGGAUUUGUGACGCAUUUGGGUUUAAAUUUAUAUUUAGUCUCUUAGUCUUUUCAUGCAAUAAGUUUAAUAAAAACCAUUUCAAUAACAAAGAUCAGUUGCUACAAUUACAUACGUUAAGUGUAUUUAUAUCCAUAUAUAUAUAUAUAUCAACAUAUAUAUAUACAUAUAUAUAUAUUUGUCGAAUCAACCUUAGCAAUCCACUUUCUGUUUAGCUAAAGCUAAUUCAUUAAUUGUGUAUCAAAUGCUAAGUAUUCAACUGGAGAUUUUAAUCGUAUAUUAGUUCGUAUUUGGUAUAUUAAUUACCAUAAAUGAUGUGGAAAUAUGAAGUUUUUAAAUGAAAUUAUUUAAAAUGUGGAACCAAUCCUGUAGCCCGGAGAAAGAGGAAAAAAAACAAACAUCAGUGUUAGACCUUGUCAGUGUCAAAUAUGAACAACUCAUGUACAAACAGCUGGAAUGAUUGGAAACAAUUUAAACCUAUAAAUAUCACCAACCACGUAAAUGUACGGAAAACUCUACAGAGAUGAAAGACUGCACACUUGACUCUGAGUUAAUUAUGGCUUCAUUUAAAGAUUUUAAAUAGUGGUAAACUCAAGUUCUUUUGUUGAAUUACCAAGAGUAAUAAUGUGUGUGUGUGGGGGGGGGGGCAUUGUGUCUGGGCAAGAGGGAGGUGAUCUUUUUUGAUAAAAAGUGAUACAAUUAAACGAAACAGGAAUCACAAAGUGACAUAUUUGUAAGAUAGUGAUAGUUUACUAAUACCCAGUUCAAUAUCAAGGAAACUUUUAAGGCAGAUUUUGUUUUCUAAAGUAGCAACAUAGCAUUGUAUGGGCUUUCACCUAAAUUCAUUGACCUAUGCUGAGGGUGCCAGUGUUAAUAUAAAUGGUUUUUCGCGCAUUUUCUAGAUGUCACACUUUUUCUGGUGAUGCUAAUUAAAUAAAUAAUAUUCUUUUCAUUUUGUGUUUUUGAUUGUUAUAAAGUAAAUUAAGAGAUACCAUCACUUUAGUGACACUUGUAACAAAAAAUUAAUUCAAAAACUUUCAUACGUUUUUCAUUUCGCAAGUCUAAUCUUAUGUUUUGGAAUGUGUAAAAAAAAACAAACAUUCUCUUCUUCUUUUUUUAUAUUGAGAAUAAAUGCAUUUUUAAUUUAAUGUACACUUUGUGCUGGCUUUAAUUCUUAUUUAUUAGCGGUGGCACUGCGUGCAUUUAUAUAAUUUAUGGUUAUAAAAUGAUUAUUUCCCUCUUUCUCACAGAACUAAAGGUCAACCUACCAAAGGUCGGAUUCUGUGCAAUUAAAAAACAAUCCGAAAAAGCGGGAUUGUGCCCCAUAUCAUCGUACGAUCAAUUAGAUCGUAACCACGGAGGUCACUUUGAUCAAGCGACUGGAAUAUUCACUGCUCCUCUCAAUGGCUUGUAUGUAAUCACCGUUAAAACAUUUAAUCAGUCUAAGACUAAAACACGUACAUUCAGCUGCUUCAGGUGUCAAGAUAAGUUAGGCAAACUGAAACUGCUUCAUCGUGUUACAAUAAACCAAACAGUAACACGGUGCGCUGAAAUCGCAGCUGGUGACAAGUUGUAUUUGGAGUGGGAAACAGUUGAUGAAAAUGAUAAAAACUGCAUCUUUAUUUAUUUUUCAUGUUACAUGAUACCGAUGUGGCCUUAAUUAAAGUUAUUGUCUGUUGCAUUAUUAUAACAAUACUGAAACAGCACCAGCUACACUUUGCAAGUUGUUUAUUGGUUUCAAAUAUUAAUAAAUUUUAAAAUGCAAAACAUUUAUUGUUAAACUGGUCUACCAUUUAAGAGGAUGUCAGAUAUCUACUGAGUGGGAGACAGUUGAGUUUUAAUAAAUUACGAAUUGCUUCAAAGUUUAACCAGAGAUAUUGCAAGCAUGAUUUAACCAUAGCUUCAUAGAGACGGAUAAAAGUCGUAGUACAUUUAUUGAAAUAAUUCCUUCACCUUGACUCUUUUAAAAAAAAAUCUUUUUUUCUUUUUCACCAUUACUACAUAGCAGCACCCCCCUUCCACAGCGAUUUUCACCCCAAUCCAUGCCAAGUUACCUGAAAAUUACAAACGACUUGUCUUUGAAUGCCAAUGUCUUGUUACAUAUGAAUUGGAAGCUGGUAGAGUUCAAAAGCUAAAUAUGUCUUUGAUAUUUUGACAAUAUUUUAAUCGUUUGGCAUUUAAGAAGAUAGGUUUUAUUUUGUGUUUAUGUUAGACUCAGUAAAAGUGCAUUGGAGCGAUUGAUGUCAUAGAAGCAUGACAUGACCGCCAGGCUUUAACAAUUAGAUUUUUAUAGAGUUGUAUUUUUGUGGAAAAAUGAGUUUUGUGGUUUUUUAAAUCUUUUUUUAAAAAGUUUAUCGGUCUUUAUAAUAUAUUCCCAUUAUUUCAGGUUAACAAUGCCAGUCGUGAGUUGUAAGAAGAUUGUAAUAGGUAUUUGAACAACGUUUAGAACUGUCAAUGUAACUCCCCUUCAUGCUACAUUUGUCACCACAAUGCGGUACCUUAUUUGACCGUGUACAUAGUGUGGCCGUUAUUAAACGCUAACACUGUACGUGCUCUAACAAUAUAUAAAUGCAAGCAAAUUUCUCGAGGCUGAUCUGAACUCAUGCAACCUGCAAACAUAAUAGCUGAUAUUUAACGAAGAAGACACGCCUGAAAUCUUUCACCACAGUGUGCUGUAUACGUUAAUUUUCCCUAUUGUUGUAAAUGUUAAUUUCUUUGUAAAAAAAGGUUGUUUAAUUUUAAUGUGCUCAUUUAGUUCUGUUUUCAAAUGUCUCUAUAUAAAUAAAAGUAAAUUU